GGUGCGAGGAGCCAAUUUGUAAAUGAUUUUGAACGAACGAACUUUAUAGUGCCUGUAAUAUUGCAUCGUUGCGUGUGUCAUUCAAACAUAAAAUGCAAAAUUUGUGUAUUAAUUGAUUUUGCGUCCUUAGUUGUAAUAAUUAUCUUUUUCCAUUGUACGAAUUUACAAAAUCCACUAUCGACUCUAUUUUUUAGAAAACUAACCUCUAUUUUUGCCGCACGUUAUGUGAAUGAAGUGCAAAACUAUAAAGACUAUUAUUACUUUUGGUGUGAAGUGACACAGUGACAUUUAAUAAUUUUGAUGUAGCUUUGUCGAAGCUUUUAAGUGAAAUGAGUCGUAUAUUUCGAACAUAUCAGUCACUCCUGCGGAAAUUUCCUACAGGAAUGCAAGCUGUGCAAGCUGGUACCUUGAUGGGAUUAGGUGAUCAGAUUGCACAGAAUGUCAUUGAGAAGAGGCCGCCUCAUGAUUUAGAUCUCGUCCGGACGGGACAGUUCUCCUGCAUAGGCUUUUUCAUAGUAGGCCCAACAGUGAAAGCUUGGUAUGGGAUAUUAGAUAAGUAUAUUGGUUCAAAAGGAGCUGCUGUUGUUCUGAAGAAAGUCAUCUGUGACCAAUUAUUGUUUGCACCAUGUUUUACAGUCAUACUGUUGAGUAUGAUUGGUGCUAUGCAAGGAAAUAGAUUUGAUGGUAUUAAAUUAAAAUUAGAAAAUGAAUAUACAGAAAUAAUGAUAAAUAAUUAUAAGCUAUGGCCUGCUGUGCAGUUGAUUAAUUUUUACCUUGUACCCCUACAUUACCAAGUCCUAGUUGUUCAAGCUGUAGCUGUUUUAUGGAAUACUUAUAUAUCUUAUCGGACAAACAAAGACAAUACCAUAAAUGUUUAA